CGUGCGUCAGUUUCUGAGCGUAAAGUCCAGAAAGUAUUUCCAAAAUGAGCGGACGAGGCAAAACCGGUGGAAAAGCCAGAGCUAAGGCGAAGACGCGCUCCUCUCGCGCCGGGCUUCAGUUUCCAGUCGGCCGUGUCCACAGGCUGCUGCGUAAAGGCAAUUAUGCGGAGCGAGUGGGUGCCGGCGCUCCCGUCUACCUGGCGGCUGUGCUGGAGUAUCUCACCGCUGAAAUCCUGGAGUUGGCUGGAAAUGCUGCCCGUGACAACAAGAAGACCCGCAUCAUUCCUCGCCAUCUGCAGCUGGCUGUCCGCAACGACGAGGAGCUUAACAAGCUGCUGGGCGGAGUGACCAUCGCUCAGGGCGGCGUGCUGCCCAACAUCCAGGCCGUCCUGCUGCCUAAGAAGACCGAGAAGCCCGCCAAGACCAAGUAAAUGUGCGGAUUCUGCUGGAGACCAGCCCCAAAACGGCUCUUUUAAGAGCCACAAA